GUCCUCUCUGCAAUCAGCAUUGGACAGCAGCUGAGCUGAGUGCUCCGCCUCGCUUCAAUAAUCUUUAAAACCUGCUCGAAACCCACGAACACGCAUUCAUUUACCUGCUGCUAAUAGCCGAGAGAAGAUGUUCUGCAGACGGGCAUUGCAGAGAGUCGGGCCGCUGGCACGGAGGGCUUUCGCACCAACAUCCAGAAAUGCAGCUCCAGUGCGACACAUGGCCUUCGGGGUCCCCGGGGGCUCCAGCAACAUGGCAUACUUUGUCCUGUGUGGAGGAGGCCUCACUGCUGCAGUCGUCUAUGCCUACAAGACAGUCAAUGGUGGUGUUGAGGAAAAAGUCGUCAGCGUUGAAUCCACAGCAAUGGCUCCCUCGGCAGAGCCAGCAGCAGAAGUAACGGCCCCCGCUGCUGAGCCCGCCCCAGUGGAGGAGGCUCCAGCUGCAGAGGUGGUGGCAGAAGUCGUCACAGAAGCUGUCGCAGAGGUCGUCGCCGAGCCUGCUCCUGCAGAACCAGUGGCAGAGACCGCCGCAGAACCUGCCGUCGAGGCCGCACCUGAAGAAGCCCCCACUGCAGCCUCUGAGGUCGUCGCCGAGGUGGCAGCUGAGCCUGCAGCUGCAGAAGAAGCCGUGGCUCCUGUUGUGGCCGAGGCUCCUGUGGAAGUCGCCGCUGCUGAGGAGACGCCAGCAGAGGCCCCUGCUGCUGAGGCACCCGUAGAAGAAGCCCCCGCAGUAGAGGCCCCGGUAGCAGAAGAAGCUCCAGCAGCAGAGAGCACUGGUACGGCAGCAGUAGAUGAAGCCCCCGCUGAGGCAGAGACGGGCUCUGUGGCCCCCGAGGCUGAGGCCGCCCCUGCUGCAGAGUUGGCUACGGCAAUUACUUCCUGUCCUUCAGAGUCUUCCCCCGACCGGUUCUCAGCUGUGAAGGUCUGGGCCAGCUCUUCAGUGGAGAUCGCAGCGGCUUCUGUUGGGGAGACGCGUCUGGUGCAGGCUGUUCAGAAUAUAGAGGAGGACAUACAAAGCUUGGAAGCCACACUGGAGGAGGUGAAGCAAGAAGUCCUGGAGACAAUCCCAGAGGACAUAUCUGAAGAGGUAUCCGUUGUGGAGAAUGAGGAGGAGCUGAAGGCUGCAGAAGAUGCUGAAGCUCCUGCUGCUGAGGAGCUGAUCCAAGAAGCGACGCCUGCUCCUGUAGAAGCACCAGAGGAGGAGGAGGUGCUACUGCCUGAGGAACCUACAGCUUCAGCAACCACGGUGGAGGAGGUGGUUGAGGAACCGGCAGCAUCAGCCCCAUCGGUGGAGGAGGUGGCUGAGGAACCGGCAGCUUCAGCCCCAAUGGUGGAGGAGGUGGCUGAGGAACCGGCAGCGGUUGUGGAGGAGGUGGCUGAGGAGGAACCGGCAGCUUCAGCCCCAAUGGUGGAGGAGGUGGCUGAGGAGGAACCGGCAGCUUUAGCCCCAAUGGUGGAGGAGGUGGCUGAGGAACCGGCAGCAGUUGUGGAGGAGGUGAGUGAAGUUGAAUUUGAGGAAGCUGCUCCAGAAGAGGACGUCUCCUCCCCAGAACCCUCACCUGAAGAUGCGGCUCCAGCUGAGGAAGAAGCUGUACCAAGUGAGGAGGCCACCACUGCAGAAGCUGCCCCAGAGGAGGAGACAGCGCCUGCUGCUGAGACACCAGUGGAGGAGGAGGAGGCAGCAGCAGCAGCAGAGGAGACGAUGGAAUCUGAGGAGGACACAGCAGCAGUGGUGGACACCAGUCAGCUGGCAGUAGCUUCCUCCGGGUCGGACCUGGAGGUCCUUCCUGCUGCUGAAGCUGAGUCUACAGUCAGUCCAGAGGCUGCAGAGCCAGAGGCAGAGCACUGCCACUCCUACCACUCCGCUCCUUCCGAAGCGGAGGAGGUGGCGCCACCUGCUGCUUCGGGAGAGCAGCUGUCCAGUGAGGAAGCUGUGGAUUUUACACAUGACGUAAAGGAAGAAGUGUCCCUGGUGGAAGGACAAGAACCAAAGGGGUCUUUCUGGACUGUAAAAAGCUGCUCAGUGAUGUAAUAGUACAGUUAAAAGCAACAGAGACUAUGUUGGUGGUGGCAGCCCAGUCAUGACAGACAGACGCGUGCCUUCCACAACACUCGAGCCAGGACCACUGAUGGAAACAGGAGCUGAGCAAACAAUGGUUUAACUAGCUAAGGUGUCCUCUAUGAAAUGUUAUCAGAAGUAUUUGUAUUAUGUUACCCAUCUGUUUCUGAUCAUAUUAGCAUUUGGGGAGUUAUUCCCUUUAUGUCCAUUAGGGGCCCCUGUUGCAAAGCUUUUAAUGCUAGUUAAAUGGAGACUUUUCUUUUUAGAAGGAAGUGGAUUGGAAGGGGGUUAUUGUAAAUGUAUUGUAAUCUACCUAACACUUUCUUCAAACUGCACCAUGAGAUUUAAAACACCCAUGUGUUUUCUUCAAGCUGAUAUAAUAGCCAUAAGAUACACAUUUUUGUCCUAGUGCAAAUGUAUCUUGAACUAUCUUAAGUAUUGUCAUGCAGUCCUAGAAGAACACUUGAAAAUAUACCUGCAAUACAUAAGGCACCAAUGCUGAUAUUUACUUUUUAAGUUGUAGUAAAACCAUACGUUGGUGUGUAUAUAAAAUAUGUAUAUUGAAGAUAUUGGUGUCAAUCGUUUACCUUCAACAGCAAUACAUGUGUAAUAUAUAAAGAUCCAAAUUGAUUUUGUACCAUUUAACUUAAUAAUGUUAAAA